UUUUCGCGCCGCCAACAGCGCAGAGGGCAUUCCGCGCCGGCGCGCCGCCAUCUUUAUCUUUAGCUUCCAUUCCCGCCGUGGUGCCGGACUGGACGUCAAAUUUGCCGAAUUUUUCAAUUUUCCAAAUCAAUUCUGUCCAAAGUGUCUCGCAAGAUGAAUAAAGAGGACGAGGAGCCCAUGGAGGAGGGAGACACCAAUGAAAAUUCGAAUGCCGAAUCAACUGGUGAGUCGUCCUCUCGUGGGGCGAAGUCGGACGACUUUGACACCAAAGUGGAGGCCGACCGAGGAAAGCGAUUUGAAUAUCUGCUGCAGCAAACUGAAAUCUUCAGCCAUUUCAUGAGUGGUAACAAAAGUGAGAAAACUCCCACAAGCCCUCUGAAAGUUAAGCCUGGCAGGCCUAAGAAGAUUGCUGCUGAACCUCGUAUCUCGGAGUCUGCUGCAGAUCACCGUCAUCGCAAAACUGAGCAAGAAGAAGAUGAGGAGUUGCUUGCAGAAACUAAUGCCAGCGCAAAGGCUAUUACUAGAUUUGAUGCAUCUCCAUAUUACAUCAAAAAUGGUGAACUCAGGGACUACCAAGUUAGAGGUUUGAACUGGAUGAUCUCACUUUAUGAAAAUGGAAUCAACGGAAUUUUGGCUGAUGAAAUGGGUCUUGGCAAAACUCUGCAAACUAUCUCUCUGCUGGGUUACAUGAAGCACUACAGGAGCAUCCAAGGUCCUCAUAUUGUGAUCGUACCCAAAUCAACAUUGGCAAACUGGAUGAAUGAAUUUAAAAAAUGGUGUCCCUCCUUGAGGGCCGUUUGUCUGAUUGGUGACCAGAAUGCCAGGACGACUUUCAUUCGUGAGACUUUGAUGCCCGGAGAGUGGGAUGUUUGCGUCACCUCUUACGAAAUGAUCAUUAAGGAGAAAUCAGUAUUCAAGAAGUUCAACUGGCGCUACAUGGUGAUAGACGAGGCUCACAGAAUCAAGAAUGAAAAGUCCAAGUUGUCUGAAAUUGUGAGGGAGUUCAAAACCACCAACCGACUUUUGCUCACGGGUACGCCCUUGCAAAACAACUUGCACGAACUGUGGUCGCUUCUAAACUUCUUACUUCCCGACGUCUUCAACUCGUCUGAUGACUUUGACUCGUGGUUCAAUGAGAACAACUUUGAAGGAGAUCACAGACUUGUUGAACGUCUGCAUUCAGUCCUUCGUCCGUUCCUUCUGCGACGUCUUAAAUCAGACGUUGAGAAGAAACUUCUCCCCAAAAAGGAAGUGAAAGUUUUUGUCGGCCUCAGCAAAAUGCAGAGAGAAUGGUACACCAAGGUGCUGAUGAAGGACAUUGACGUUGUUAAUGGUGCCGGCAAAAUUGAGAAAAUGCGGCUGCAGAACAUUUUGAUGCAGCUGCGAAAGUGCUGCAACCACCCCUACCUCUUUGACGGAGCCGAGCCUGGCCCACCUUACACCACUGAUGAACAUCUCGUUUACAAUUGUGGCAAGAUGGUCAUCUUAGACAAACUGCUUCCAAAACUACAGGAGCAGGGAAGCAGGGUUCUCAUCUUCAGUCAGAUGACUCGUAUGCUUGACAUUUUGGAGGACUACUGUCUGUGGAGGGCUUAUAAUUACUGCCGUUUGGAUGGUCAAACACUGCAUGAGGAUCGUCAACGACAGAUCAACGAAUUCAACGAGCCGGGCAGCGAGAAGUUUGUCUUCAUGUUGUCGACCAGAGCUGGUGGCUUGGGCAUCAACUUGGCCACUGCUGACAUAGUACUUAUCUUUGAUUCUGAUUGGAAUCCGCAGAUGGAUCUUCAGGCUAUGGACCGAGCUCACAGAAUUGGCCAACUGAAGCAGGUCAAGGUUUUCCGCUUCAUCACUGAAAAUACCGUUGAGGAAAAAAUUGUUGAAAGGGCAGAGGUCAAGCUACGUUUGGACAAAUUGGUUAUCCAACAAGGUCGAUUGGUGGACAGCAAGUCUAAUCAGCUGGCAAAGGAUGAAAUGCUGAGCAUGAUUCGUCACGGAGCUAAUCACGUCUUUGCUUCAAAAGAUUCAGAAAUCACUGAUGAAGAUAUUGACACCAUUCUUGAGAAGGGCGAACUGAAGACUGAGGAGCUGAAACAAAAAAUGGAAUCUCUCGGAGAAUCAUCUCUUCGCAACUUCACCGUGGAUGCUCCCACCGAGUCCGUCUACCAAUUUGAGGGUGAAGACUACCGCGAGAAGCAGAAGAUGUUUGGCAUUGGUUCCUGGAUUGAACCCCCAAAGAGAGAGCGCAAAGCCAACUACGCAGUUGACGCAUAUUUCCGAGAAGCCCUGAGAGUGUCGGAGCCGAAAGCACCAAAGGCGCCUCGUCCGCCAAAACAGCCCAUUGUCCAGGACUUCCAGUUCUUCCCACCUCGCCUCUUUGAACUGCUUGACCAAGAGAUUUACUUUUACCGCAAAUCAGUAGGCUACAAAGUGCCCAAGAACCCUGAACUUGGCUCUGACGCAAACAGAGUGCAGAAGGAGGAGCAACGCAAAAUAGAUGAUGCUGAACCUCUGUCAGAUGACGAGCAGACAGAAAAAGAGCGCCUGCUCACGACAGGUUUUACAAACUGGUCCAAAAGAGACUUCAACCAAUUCAUCAAAGCCAAUGAGAAAUAUGGCCGCGAUGAUAUUGAAAAUGUUGCAAGAGACGUCGAGGGCAAAACUCCUGAGGAGGUCAUGGAGUACAGUGCUGUUUUCUGGGACCGCUGCUCAGAAUUGCAGGAUAUUGAUCGCAUCAUGACCCAAAUUGAGAGAGGAGAAACAAAGAUCCAGCGUCGUGCCAGUAUUAAGAAGGCCUUGGAUGCUAAGAUGGCGCGUUAUCGAGCCCCAUUCCAUCAACUGAGAAUAGCUUAUGGCACUAAUAAGGGCAAGAACUAUACCGAGGAAGAGGACAGAUUCCUUGUGUGCAUGCUGCAUAAGCUAGGGUUUGACAAGGAGAAUGUGUACGAGGAGCUGAGGGCUGCAGUUAGAGCUGCCCCACAGUUUAGAUUUGAUUGGUUUAUCAAGUCUCGCACAGCUAUGGAGCUGCAGCGUCGUUGCAAUACUCUGAUCACCCUGAUUGAGAGAGAAAAUCAGGAACUCGAGGAGAAAGAGCGUCAGGAGAAGAAAAAGCGUGGUCCCAAGCCAGGCAACUCGCAGGCCAACGCGUCUCAGGCAGCUUCGUCCAGCACACCUGGCAGCCAGAAGAAGCGUGCCGAACCAGCUCCCGAAACAAAGGGAGGAAGAAAGAAGAAGAAAGUGAGUGAGAAAUGAACAGAGGUUGACAAGAUUUGAAAUUAAUGAUUCCAUGUAUUUAGUUUCUAAGUCUAGCGAAGUAAUUUAUUUUUUGUAUUCUAGCCUAGCAAUAUAUUUGAAUGUGAACCCUUAAA